AAUUUAUGUAUAAAUAAAUAGAAAAGCAAAUAAGAAUGAAAGCUAUCAAUUUGUCAUUCCCACCGUCUCCAAAUACCCUCGUUGUUUUAGGGUUUUCAUCAUCAAUUUCGGCAUUCCCACUCCUUUAGGGCAAUGGCAGCCCUAGGGCAAAUGAACGUCAUUGAAUUGCCGGCAGCCCCAUCAGUGAAACUGAACGUCAUUGAAUUGCCGGCAGCCCCAUCAGUGAAACUGAACGUCAUUGAAUCGCUUUUGCGGGGAUCCCGAAGCGUUGAUUGCUUUGAAAAAUUGGUGCAAAUUGGCGAAGGAACUUAUGGUCAAGUUUACAUGGCCCGAGAGAUCCAAACUCGUGAAAUCGUUGCUCUCAAGAAAAUACGAAUGGACAAUGAGAAAGAAGGGUUUCCUAUAACUGCUAUACGAGAAAUCAAAAUUCUAAAGAAACUAAAUCAUGAAAAUGUAAUCAAAUUGAAGGAAAUCGUCACAUCUCCAGGUCUUGAGAAAGAUGAUCAAGGGAGGCCAGAUGGCAACAAAUACAAAGGUGACAUAUAUAUGGUCUUCGAAUAUAUGGACCAUGAUUUAAGGGGUCUUGCAGACCGGCCUGGCGUGAGGUUUACUGUCCCUCAAAUUAAGUGUUACAUGAGGCAGCUCUUGACAGGACUUCAUUAUUGUCAUGUCAAUCAAGUGCUUCACCGUGAUAUCAAAGGACCAAAUCUUCUCAUCGAUAAUGAAGGUAAUCUGAAACUGGCAGAUUUUGGAUUGGCACGGUCAUUUUCAAAUGAGCAUAAUGCAAGCCUUACAAAUCGAGUCAUCACUUUAUGGUACAGACCCCCCGAGUUACUAUUGGGGACUACAAGGUAUGGGCCAGCGGUAGACAUGUGGUCCGUUGGGUGCAUUUUCGCCGAGCUUCUUUAUGGGAAGCCCAUCUUUCCUGGAAAAGAUGAGCCUGAGCAAGUAACUAGGAUUUUUAGGCUUUGUGGAACCCCGGACGAGGUGAACUGGCCAGGAGUCCAGGAGACUCCUUGGUACAAUCACUUUAAGCCGAAAAGAACGAUGAAAAGGUGUCUGAGGGGUGCUUUCAGACACUUUGAUCCUCAUGCACUGGAGUUGUUGGACAAGAUGCUCACACUCGAUCCAGCUCAGAGAAUUUCUGCGAAGGACGCACUUGAUGCUGAGUACUUCUGGACUGAUCCUUUACCAUGUGAUCCUAAGAGUUUACCCAAGUAUGAGUCCUCACAUGAGUUUCAGACCAAGAAAAAGCGUCAGCAACAAUGGCAAAAUGAAGAAUACGCCAAGCGUCUUAAAAUGCCUGCAGGACCCCAUUGUGGUCCUCUUGGUGGAGGUGGAAGUGGCUAUUCAGUUGGAGCUCGAAAUUAUCCUCAAGGUGGUCUUCAUGGGUAGGAAUCGCGAUCAACAGUAUGUUAGGCAGCACUAAAACAUUUAUUGUUCAUUUUGUGAGUGAGAUGGUAGACUGAGAGUAUUUGAGAAAAACAUAUAUUUCCUAUGGAUUUUAGAUUGUAAAUAUACUUUGAAUGAAAGCAAUUUACUUCAGCACUAUAUGUUACAAGCCUGCUGUUCAAGUUAAUUGUUUAUUGAAUA